AUGUCCUUUGACUUGAGCCAACUCGUCAACCUUCGUCAUAUCCCCUCAUCCUCCAUUCAACCCCCACAGGGCUUCAGCCCCCUCAGCAUAUCCCUCACAGAGGACCCGGCUGCUCUCACCGUCCCUCUCAGCAUCUCCCUCACAGAGGACCCGGCUGCUCUCACCGUGUAUGUGGCGGACGUGUGGAGCAGCCCUCCCUCCUCUGGUGGGUGGCUGGGCGGAGUGGCGAUGACAGAAGCAGAGCUGCAGCAGGCGCUGGCACAGUUGCCGCCUCCCCUGGUUCCCACCUUCCUCAAGGCGUACACUGUUGGGUAUCAGGUCUUCUAUGCAUACAUUGCCCGGGCUACAUCCUCCUCGCCACCCCGCUCCACCCUCACGACUGACGUCAGUCGCAGUGCUUUUGAGCUGCUCGCUCGCUCCCUGAAACAGCCGCCUCUCCUCGUGUCUUCGUACGGGCCGUUGGAUGGGGGUGCCCAGGAAAGUGAUGCUCCUGGGUCCGGGGAAAGGUAUGCUGUGCUGUGGCAGACAGAUGGGCUGGGGAUAGAGGAAAGAGCAGGAGAGAGUGCUGGGCUGGCUUACUGA